UGGCGCUCUCCUCCCCCAAAACCCUAGCCGUGCGUAAAGCUCAGUCUUUCCGCACCACCAUUGUCAUCGAUUGCCCACUCUCUCCCUCGCGCCGGACCACCAGCUCUCGCCCCAGUGCGUGUGCUUGCUUCGUUUCGCCACCAUGGGACGUGUAAGGACCAAAACCGUGAAGAAGGCCUCAAGGGUCAUGAUCGAGAGGUACUACUCUCGCAUGACCCUGGACUUCCAGACCAACAAGAAGAUUGCCGAGGAGGUGGCAAUCAUCCCGUCGAAGAGGCUCCGCAACAAGAUCGCCGGGUUCGCCACUCACCUGAUGAAGCGCAUCCAGAGAGGGCCAGUGCGCGGAAUCUCUCUGAAGCUGCAGGAGGAGGAGCGCGAGAGGCGCAUGGACUUCGUGCCGGAGGAGUCAGCGAUCAAGACUGACGUGAUCGAGGUGGAUAGGGAGACGAUCGAGCUGUUGGCUCACCUGAACAUGCCUCAGCUGCCGGGAGUGGUGCAGCAGGCAGCCCCUACCGCGGGAGGAGGGUUCUUCAAGCCCCAGGGGGGAGGAUACCAAGGCAACAGGAACAGGAAUUAGAUGAUAGCGAGAGGUUUGAUCAUGUAGCCAGGUUCUGUGCAUGCUGGGUGCGGCUCCUCAUUCGCUGUCGGGACGAUGUUGACAAAGUUUAUGGUAACAUAUUUUUGUGUGAAUGCGGCUAUGACCUUUUUCAGUUUACCGGUAUACGGCUUAGUUGUGAUUGAACGAACUUUCUGUGACUAUCUGUAUCAUGUUUAUGUAUUUGCCUCAUCUUUCAUGCGAGGUGUUGACAACA